UUAAAAGUACCCCUUGACUUUGAUCACUGCUAAAGAAGCUAAAAUUGAAAAGAUGAAGUCUUCGAAGCGAGCGGCAACAGAGAACAACAGAGGCAUAAGUGGGCACAUGUAUACCCUUCACCAGCGCCUCUUUCACGCUCUCAGCCUCGGCACAAGAGUUUAUGAUGGUAAGGAAUCAAAAUGGCAGUGUACGGAUAUUGAGAUACAGAGACACGUAAUUCGGUCAAUUGCUUCCUUUCUUGAUUGUAUUUCAGGAGAAACUUUGCAACAUCCUCUAGUAAAGGAUUCACUUGCUGAUAUAGUUGGGGCAAUAGUAUGGAUUCUUCAAAAUAAAAGCAAGGCCAUAUUAAGCAUGGCAACUAAUGUGGUAGUAAAUUUGAUCAACGUUAUACCCAAUUCGUUAUUGCAGUCUUACUUGUCAGAUAUGGUCCAUCCUUUGUCAUCCUUGUUAUUGUCUCAUCAAGUAGAUGUAUCUAUUUCAUGUGCCACUGCAUUGAAUAUGAUCUUUUCAAAUCUGAGCAUGAGAGGAGAGAAAAAGGUUUGGGAUAUUCUGAUUGAAACAGAAACUGUUUCUCGCAUUGUUAGUGGCAUAUGGGAAUUUUCUGAUGGUGUUAUGCCAAUUGAAUAUUUCCAAGAGAUGACUUCGCUCUUGAGUGCAAUACUGCAUCGGUGGCCUGCAUCACGGUAUAAUGUCUGGAAUGAUGCUAAAUUGUUGGAAGUCUUGGAAGCUAUGUGUGUAAAACCUGAUUUCUCUGUUAAGGUUGCAGUUUUGAAGCUAUAUUGUACAAUAGCACUGUGUGGCAAUGGGGCCAAGAAACUUCUAGGAAAAGGAGAAUCCCUUCUACAAAUUAUGGUUCUCUGCAUGGGAAGAUCUCACCCUCUUUCUGUUCGGACUGAGGGAUUUAGACUUGCCCAAUGUUUAGCGAAAAAUGAAGAGGGGUGUUUAAAAAUGAUGAGCUUAUGCUGUGAGCCUAUUGUUAAAGCUAUAAUUGAUGGAAUGACUGGAUGGACCUCUCAUUCAGGGAAGAUUGCCAAUGACCAAAUGUCUUUGCUAGUGGAAGCUUGUCAUUUGGCUUUGAUAAGUCGCUGGGCAGGGGAGCAUCAUGAUUUCUUGUGGCAGCAAGGGAUUGACAGGGUCCUCCUUAAUCUUCUUCUAAAUGACUUUCAAGAUGAACCACCACAAAAAUUGUUGUCACCAGAAGAACAGUUAUCUAUAGCACAAGAGGGUCUCAAGGUCAAUUUUCUUCUUGGUUUGAGGCCAUAUGUUUGGGACAUUCUUGGUUGGCUUGCUAUACAUUGUAGGGAGGAUUUCAAUCCUAGCAUGCAUGGCCGUGAACGUAGAAUUGACAUUCUUAUUACAUGUGCAUGCAUAUCUUUCAUGGAUUCAAUUCGUAAAGGGCACCAAAUAUGUCAAAAUGACAUAGCUGAUACCUUCAGAAGUGAAGCAGCAUCAAGGGCAGUGAUGAUGAUGAUUUAUUCGCCUUGCAAAUAUAUUGCAUCAAAAGCAAGAUUCAUACUGUAUGAAAUUCUAAGGCCAGCUAGCAAGAAGUAUCUAAAACGCUUACUGCAUAUGCUAAAUAAUACACCAUCCGAGGAUAAUUUUGGAAUGCCGAACAUGCUUCAAACUAGCAUUAACUUAGUGGCUUUGGUAUGUUAUUCUGGUAUACCAUAUUAUCAAAGUGAUAUUGUUAAAAAUGGAGGAAUCCAGGCACUUAUGGAUUUGAUAUGGUGGUGCUUAAGAAAUGAUAUCCAUAUAGGAAGGUGGAGUCUUGCUCCUCAUUUGCAUAAUAUAUUAAGUGAGAGGACUUGUUGCUGGGUAUGCAAAGAAGACUGGGAAGGCAAUAACAUUCUUUUAUUUUAUGGUCUGUGGGGAUUAGCUGAAUUGAUGCACUCUGGAUUGAGAAAUAAUGUAUAAAUUUUUGGUGGACAACUGGAUUAUACUGAAGCUGAAUUUGUUAGCACACUCCAGGAGAUAUGCAGUGACAGUACCUCUCCUGGAAUAAAAUGGGACAUUGUCUUGGAGGCUAAAGCAACCGAAUCAAUAUGUUGGAGAUGUAAUGUAUGCUCUAAAUCAGUGCCACAUAUGCAUUGUCAUAAAGUUGUGCUGUGGUCAAGUUGUGAUUAUCUGCGGGCCUUAUUUCAGUCAGGCAUGCUGGAGAGCAACUCCCAAACCAUAAAGGUGCCUGUGAGCUGGGAGGCCAUGGUUAGGCUAGUGAACUGGUGCUACACUGAUGAGCUGCCUAUUCCUCCCUCUGGAUGUUUAUGGGAUAAUAUGGACAGCGAGGAAAGGCUAUCUGUGCUGCAACCAUACCUAGAGCUUUGUUGGCUUGCUGAAUUCUGGUUUUUGGAAGAGGUUCAGGAUAUCAGCUAUAAAGUGAUAGUAUCCUGUUUGGAUUCUGCAAGACAUUUGUCUAUUAAGAUAAUUAAAAUCGCUGCCGAUUUAUCUCUGUGGAAAUUAGUUGAAGUUACUGCAAAUUUCUUGGCCCCUUUAUAUCGUCAACUUUGCCAAUCUGGUGAUCUUGAAGCACUGGAUGAAGAAGUAAUUGAUAUGAUUCGUACAACUUCAGUUCGGCUCUCUCAAGAAGGAUAAGCUAUUCAAGUUCAAGAUGAUCUAAAAUGCUUUGGAUUUUUUGAAGGGUGGUAGAUGUUGAAAACCGUGAAGAAUGGGAUAUUAGAAAAUUCUCUUAAUGUGAUGGGGUGUACAACAGUUAAGACUAAGCCUUUAUCUAAAACCUUUUUUUUUUCUAACAGAAAUCCCAAACUAGUUGGGGAAUGGGAUGUAAAAUAGGUAAAUUUCUUUCCUGUUAUCGGGUUCGUUUAUGUAGAUAUUGAUGUGAGCAAACGGACUAUGUUGAAGAAAGUGAAGAAGAAAUGAUAAUAAUUGAUCCGUCGUAUUACAAAGAUUUUAUUCCUUA